UCUACUUUGAAGUGUCGGUAUACGAUAUAAGCCACGCAAGCGGUCAAACCUGGAGAGUGUUUGAGCGUGAAAUUAGCCUGAUCGAAACUAUCGGACCAAAGUGUUCUUCCUCGCGGAUCAGUAUGCCGAGCAUAGCUGUGUCUCCAUCCAAGCAUCAGGUAAUUCUACACGGUUUUGGUCCUGGCGAAUGUGCCAACCUGCUUCUAGUGUAUGAGGACAGAAAAACCAGAGUCAUUAGAACACAGCAGCAGCAGCAGGGGACUCCCCUAGUAAGCGAGUUUGGAUCUGCUCUGGUCACCAUCCCUAUAAUAGACCCUCUCCGUGGGAGUUAUUCAGACGAAAUGUUUUACCUGGUGUCUUAUGGAGGUUGUUCGUCGAAAUUCUAUUCUGCAAUCACACGCCGCUGCACGCAUUCAUCCAAUAACUUGCAUCGUUUACUCGUACGGGGACACGUCUUCGGCGAGUGGGAGUACAUUGAUUUUGAGGUGAAGAGAAGCAAGAACCCAGAAUCUUCAGUAUUCUCGAGGCUCUUCCAUGACAGUGCGAAUUCCAUGCUGUUGUUUGGUGGAGUGAAGCGGAAUGAAAGCACCACACCUUUGAAUUUCGGAAUCUGGAGAUUCAACCUCUCAUCGUUGGUCUGGAUAGAGGUGAUCAACUUAGAUAUCUCGUUAAAAUAUGAUAAAGAUGUAAUGGUAGCCAGCUACAAGGCAGCGAAGAGCAAGUUCAUUAUUUAUUGGCCACGCAAGGGAACAAUAAUUUGUUGCGAUGUAUUGCGAAGCCUUGCCAGCUGUGCAAAGCCAGUAACUGGAAAACGCUUGAUGGCCUACACUCAUUCUCAGUUUCUUAACUACCAAAUUUCGUCUGGCCCUAGACGUGUCUUUUUCGUUGGAAGAACACACCGUAUCAUAUCGACUAUAGUGUAUAAAAUCCUCCAACAGACCACAAAAGUUGACCAAAUGGAGUUAUCCCAUGUAUAUAAAGUUUCAGAAGAUUUCCUUGGUUUUAAAACUGGUUCCUCUGCGAAGAAAGUUCCCGGCAUCCUAGUACCGUCCAGUUCCGUUGGCAAGAUGAGAUACGUGUUCUUUGGAGUGGGAACACCUCUACCGUCUGGUCCAACUGCCAUGGCUGUAUGGAUAUUACAAAACGUACCUGGGUCCAGGACCGAUUUUGUCUACACACUGCUCUACCCAAGCCCAGCGCCUUCUAUCCCUCGACGCAAAUGUCAUACGGUAACUUUGGUGGGGAACGACACAGCAAUCCUGUACGGAGGCAGACAACAGGUUGCCAACAGGUUCUCACCUACUGGUGCUGUGAAAAAGACCGACCCAAAUCCCUGGUGCUAUUCUCUGCAGAUGCACGCUUGGAAGAAAGGUAAUGUCACUGCGUCUAGCUUCCCGCCUCCCCGAACACAGCACAUAGCAUUCCAAUACAACUCAACCACCAUUGUUGUGCACGGUGGACUAGUCAGCAAGGAAUUUCGCGAUUUGGCUGUACGUGACUUGUGGAUGUUCGUCCUUGACGAUGCAGAGCGCUGCCAGGGAAGGUGGCACAACCUUACAGCUCAUGUGAAGACCGGCAAACUACCAAAACAAUAUGGUCAUUCAGUAACACGUGCUGAAAAUGGAGUAUUUCUCUAUGGAGGUGAGUUUCAAUCACCUUCCAUACUUACCUUCCUUGCCGUACAUUCACCAAGCCAAGUGGUAGUCCAGCCUAUUCCGAUUAGCCCCAGUAUUCCAAAUCGCUGGGACCAUAGUCUUUCAUAUUUCAGCAAUGAUUUGAUUCUACUGGGUGGCAUGCACAGGAUUUGUGGCACUCCGACGGAGGCAGAAUGGGCACUGCUGAUGUCCGUACAAACAAAUGAAACUUCUACCGUGGUUACCUGGACAAAAUUCUUUGACGUCGAAAUCUUGUCACAUACUGUGCUUCGGGAUAAGAUUUUUGGUGGUUUUAGAAUUACUGUCAAUGACACGGAACAAGUCAGCAUUCUCAACACUACUGGAUUGUGUCCUAUUGGACAUGCACGAGAUCGACACAAUGCAUGUCAUCCAUGUGCCAUUGGGUAUUACUCAGCCACUCUUCAACAAGAGUGUACUAUAUGCAAACAGUCACUAACAACCACUGCCGAGGCAGCAGCUUACUGUGUUUCGAAAGGCCCAUGCGAUAGGGACACUUGCAAUGGACAUGGUGACUGUAUCGGCGAUUAUAUCACCUUCAAACAUCUAUGUGUUUGCAAAUUUGGAUAUCUUCCCGAUGAUGACUGCAAGACACCAUCCAUCUACCUGGCCCUGAUGGCUGCUUUUGUUUUCACGUCCACUCUAACUAUACUCACCAUUGCUCUCAUUCAGUUCUUCAGAAAGAGGAGAGCCCUCAAUGCAAAGGAAAUUGAAUUAGUCAAAACAAACCGUGAUCUCUACCGUUCCAACCGAAAACUCAGUCAACUUGAUCAUGGAACAUGCAUUGCCUGGUCGGAUCUGGAGAUCAAGAAACAACUCGCUACUGGGAGAUUCAGUAAAGUGAUACUUGCAAAGUUAGGCGAUAUCACUGUGGUGGUUAAACAACUACCAAAAUUCGUUGCCACUGCAUCACCCGAUGACGCCUUUAUCCGAGAAGCUGAAGUUCUUCGAACAUUACGUCACCCCAAUAUCGUCAUGUUCUUUGGAGCUGGAAGGGACACAAGAUCGGGUUGCCCUUUUCUGGUGAUGGAAUAUUUAAGACGAGGCUCCCUCUACGAUGUUAUCCAUGAUGAAUCCAAAGUGAUUGAACACAUCGAUCGCCUUCGCUUUUCCCUGGAUGCUGCACGUGGAAUCAAGUACCUGCACAGUACAAGUCCUCCAAGAAUUCAUCGUGAUAUCAAGUCAGCCAACAUGCUGGUCAGUGAUAAAUGGGUGGUGAAAGUAGCUGACAUGGAGACAACACGAUUUCUUGCAAUCCUCCGGGCUAACACUGAUCCAAAGGAGACCUCACCCAGUGCUGCGAACGGAGAAAUGGAUCGUCCUACACGAACUACAUCCUUCACAAGCCAGGAAUCUGAUCUACUGACAACACCCCUUCUAGCUACCACAGACACAGUGCUCGCUGAUGACAGCCAUGGUAACACUCAGGACAGGCACAGAGACACAGAGGGUAUGACAUCACGUAUUGGAAUGACGUGUGGAGUAGGCACUGAUCGCUGGAGAUCACCUGAAUCUAUCAAGAAGAAUCUCUACACGGAGAAACACGAUGUUUACAGUUUUGGUGUGGUGAUGUGGGAGCUGAGCACUCGUCAGAUACCCUAUGGACAUCUGCACAACUCAGAUGAUGUACUUGAUGAAAUUGCAGGUGGUAGCAAACUGAUCUUUCCACCCAGCAUCCGCUAUGCCUAUCGUCAUCUUGCUGAACAGUGCAUCAAGACGGAUCCUGAAGAACGACCGUGUAUGCAUCGUGUAGUCCACGAGUUGACCUCACAAUUGGAUUCCUUUUGAAUUGAACCAGCACCAGUACGGAUGUUUGUAGUCCAGGAGUGCACCUCGCAACUAGAUCCCAUUUUGAAUCUCACAAGGUGCAUUGGGUCUUCAACAAGCGUGCAUGCACCAUGGCUUUGCGUGUAUCGUGGUGGCGAUCAGGCAUCCUGACGGGACACACGAACUAAGCCAGGCACACAAAUUCACAAUGUUUUAGCCACUUCACCCAACCUUGACUGAAAACAGUGUACACCGUAUAUUUCUGUUGAAGUGGACGUAACUCUCACUAUAAUAUGCUUGCUUGAAGAUCAGGUCCAAUUAGUUACGAUAAUGCUGGACUAUUUGCACGCAUCACAUGCCGUCCCCGUCCCCUUGUCUCUCGCGCGGAAUCAUGGAUCUUUGAAUGUCACUAUCAUUUUUACACGAAGAGUAUCAUGUACAUGGAGAACCCCUAUCUGCGUAUAUAGUUGUUGUUUUGGCACCUAACAUGUCACGUGAUGUGGCUUUGACUUUGGCAUUAGCCUGAUUAGGUAUGUUACGGUAUUCCACUGUUGCAUGUUGAUAUACUUGAAAUUAAUUCAUUGUUCAGUGUUGCAGUUCGCACGUUUUGGCUUCAUGUACAUUUUUGUACUUGAGUAUGUUGUUUACUGUUUGUCACCACAUUAUGUCAUAUGCUGCUUUUCUCAAUGUUGCGUUCUUGCAGCAUCCUCCUCACGCACGCACCUAGUGUUACUGCAUUGUGCUUAUCCAUGCGUUUUCAUGCAUUCUGAUACUGUAAAUAUACAAAUUUUCUGCAGCUAUUUAAUUUCGGCUAUAUUCGGCACCGACCCGAAACGCCUAAAUUAAAACGCCGAUGAAAUUUUUCACAGCAUCUGUCGCACUAUCAUGCCCUCUACCCCACGCCGAAAAUAAAUCGCCGCCGAAAUGUCAAAAAUCGUGAAGUGCCGAAAUUUUGCAGCGCCGAAAUUUUGUAUAUUUACAGUAUGAGUCGAGUAUCCACACCUGACCGGCAGUCGGGAAAGUUGGCAUACACGUUCUACAUAAUCAGUGUCACACUCUCACCGAUUUACCAUUGUGGAAAACUCACCUUCCACAGGUAGGGUGUGUUGGUUACUACUGGGCAGCUGGCGCUUUUC